UUGGAAGAGGCUGGAAACUUUGACGAUAAGAACUCUUUAAAAAAGCUCCAGUCAACUUUCUUGGGUCAGUUUUUUUCCCUCGGUUUAAAUUGAAUAACAAUAGUGUUUUAUAUAAACUGAAAACCAAUAAUGACACUUUAAUGCUCUUUAAGAAGGACGUGACAAAGUUUCAUUCAGGAUGUUUUUGUUUCGAGGUUUGCUUCUGUCGGCGCUGGCUUGUUUUUUGCGAGCAGCAGGUUCUAUAAGCCAAACAGGCCAAAUUACGCCGCCACAUAACUUGACCCUUCAGUGGAUCAGCGACUUUGAGGUAGAGCUCUGGUGGACACACCAGCUUGGCCUGCCGCCAAGCUGCGAGUACAAGGUGUCGUCAAGAACAAAAGAGGAAAACAGUGAAGACGAAAGCUAUCAUCAAACACCACCGUCGCUGUUGAAACUUUCUAUGGAGGGAGGCUCUCUGUCUGUUUCUAUUCACACCGUCUGUCAGGACAAACACAGCCAGCCUGUCAUUCUCAAUGUUACAUACCCAGAACUGGUGUCUGGAGUGCAAUGCCACAUCAUUUCGUCCACGCUUACUAAUUGCUCCUGGCGGCCACUUAGUCUUAGUCCAAGUCUCUCUUUCUAUUAUGGGUUAAUAGACGAGGUGGAAGACGCGGCGUCCUUCGAUGUCAAAUUGCAAGAGUGCUCGUCAUACACACGCAUGGAUGGCGUGAGGACGGGCUGCCGUCUUCAGUCCAACGCCAGGCAGUCCAUCUACAUGUUGUUCAACGCAACCCUUAAGGAGACCCUCGUCAGGAAUACCUUCAAGAAGAGUCCUGUGCCAGUGACGCCUCGUCCACUUAACUGGACUGUUAGUGAAGUUGCGGGGAAAUUCAAUCUAAGCUGGAUCCCUCCUGAUGUCUUACAUCUGUCCCUUUGGACAUUCAUCAUAAAUUACACCGAGUGUGACGAAGAGAAGGUUAAAAAAGUCCUGGGAAACACGUCGGUGCUAAUGAAUCGGGUGGCUCACUGCCGCUACCGCAUAUCUCUUAAAGGGCUCAGUAUGCGAGGAGAGACGGGAUGGAGCCAUGCAAAGUAUUUUGAUGCAGCCAAACAUGCAAACGCGAUGCUGUACGCUGUCAUCAUCAUCCCGCUGCUGCUUGCCGGGCUCACAUUCCUCACUAGUUUGUGCUGCAGGAGGAAUAAAGGACAUAUCUUCACCAAAGUGCCACGACCUCGAGACCUUCUCAGUGAUGUAGGCAGCAACAACACAAAGAGCGCAGUUUGCAACCUUUGUUUUCCAGAAAAAGAAGAAGAGAAUUGCAAGAUUUCCCUUGUGAUGGAUUUGCAACAACAACAAUUUCACUCUUAGCACAUUUGAUUCUUGACUCUUAUCAUAUGUCCUAUUUAUUUCAUAAUUAAAGACAUUCAUUCAACAUUGUAAAAAACACAUGGGUGAGAUGAAUCAAUCCUAGUGUAGUUAGUAAUUACAUUGCUCAGCAUGUCAGUAAACGUGAUCCAAAUUUUACAACAAUGUAUUGCUUUCAAACAAAAAACUACUUUUAUGUAUUUGAGGACUUGUAAUUUAGACAAUAAACUGUGUACAGCCGCCAUUUUGGCUCUGACACUACAACGUUACAACUAGAAUUCCUAUUAGUGCACUUUCAAAACAAAAUUGAAUAAGGUGCGCUGCAAAAACAGGCUUUUAUUUUUAGGGUAAGUACGAAUGAAGCACUCGCUAACUUGAUGCACUUCCGAGAAGAUGGCCGCAGCCGGUGGGCGCCCUCUGGUGGACAUAGUCGUUACAACAAACAUGGCCGCCUAGUGGUCCUGAUGCUGCGCGACGGUGUGCCUUGUAUAAAUUCU